AUGACCCACUGCUGCUCCCCUUGCUGUCAGCCCACCUGCUGCAGGACCACCUGCUGCCAGCCCAGCUGCUGUGAGUCCAGCUGCUGCCAGCCUUCCUGCCAGCCCACCUGCUGCAGGACCACCUGCUGCCAGCCCAGCUGCUGUGAGUCCAGCUGCUGCCAGCCUUCCUGCCAGCCCACCUGCUGCAGGACCACCUGCUGCAGGACCACCUGCUGGCAACCUACCUGUGAGACCACCUGCUGCAGCACACCCUCCUGUCAGCCCAGCUGCCAGCCCAGCUGCUGUGACACACCCUGCUGCCAGCCCAGCUGCUGUGUGUCCAGCUGCUGCCAGCCUUGCUGCCGCCCCACUUGCUGCAGCACACCCUGCUGCCAGCCCAGCAGCUGUGCACCCGUGUACUGCACCAGGACCUGCUACCACCCCACCUCCGUCUGCCUGCCUGGUUGCCUAACCCAGAGCUGCGGAUCCAGCUGCUGCCAGCCUUCCUGCUGCUGAUCCACUCCCCAAAGGACCAUCAUCAUCACACAACAACCUUCCAUCAACUGAAUUAUCUUUUCAGGGACAAAGUCACUUCUGAACUUUGCUCAAGACCGCCAUGCUCCAACCAAAAUUUC